AGAAGAUAAAACGGGAGUUUUCUCUUACGAUGAAACUGUUAUCUGAAGGACAACUAAAGCUUUGCAUGGUGCAGCCAAUACAUCUCACAUCAUGGUUGUUCAUGCUUUUCAUUCUGAAGUCGAUCUCUUCCCUAAAACCUGCCCGGCUUCCAAUUUACCAAAGGAAACCUUUUAUUGCAGCUUGGAAUGCUCCAACUGAUCAAUGUCUGAUGAAAUACAAUUUGAAACUAAAUUUGAAAAUGUUUCAGGUCACUGGAAGCCCACUGGCCAAGGCCAGGGGACAGAAUGUCACUAUAUUUUAUGUCAACAGAUUGGGAUAUUAUCCAUGGUAUACAUCAGAGGGCUUUCCUGUCAAUGGAGGCCUCCCUCAGAAUAUAAGUUUGCAAGUGCAUCUGGAAAAAGCACAUCAGGACAUCAACUAUUACAUCCCUGCCAAAGACUUCAGUGGACUUGCUGUGAUAGACUGGGAACAUUGGCGACCACAGUGGGCCCGGAAUUGGAACAUGAAAGAUGUCUAUAGACAGAAGUCAAGAAAGCUUAUUUCUGAUAUGCAAAAGAAUGUAUCAGCUGCUGAUACAGAAUAUUUAGCAAAAGCAACCUUUGAAAAAAGUGCAAAAGCUUUCAUGACAGAAACCAUCAAAUUGGGAAUCAAGAGCCGACCCAAGGGCCUUUGGGGCUACUAUUUAUAUCCUGAUUGCCACAAUUAUAAUAUUUAUGCUCCAAACUAUACUGGUUCAUGCCCAGAAGAGGAAAUUUUGAGGAACAAUGAGCUCUCUUGGCUCUGGAAUAGCAGUGCUGCUUUAUAUCCUUCCAUUGGUGUCAGGAAAUCCCUGGGAGCCAGUGAGAACGUUCUACGCUUCUCGCGCUUUCGGGUGCGUGAGUCCUUGAGGGUCUCUGCCAUGACGUCCCAGGAGUGCUCUCUGCCCGUGUUUGUCUACACAAGGCUGGGGUACAGAGACGAACCUUUGUUUUUUCUUUCUCAGCAAGACCUGAUCAGUACCAUAGGAGAAAGUGCUGCUUUGGGAGCAGCAGGCAUUGUUAUCUGGGGUGACAUGAACUUCACUUCAUCAGAGGGGAAUUGUACAAAAGUGAAGCGGUACGUGAGCUCUGAUUUGGGGAGCUACAUAGUCAAUGUGACGAGAGCUGCUGAGGUUUGCAGCCUUCACCUCUGCAAGAAUAACGGCAGGUGCAUAAGGAAGAUGUGGGAAGCACCUGAUUAUCUGCACUUGAACCCUGCAAGUUUCCACAUAGAGGCCUCUGAGGAUGACGAAUUCAUUGUGAAGGGCAAAGCAUCUGAUAGAGACCUGGCGGUGAUGGCCGAGAAGUUCUCCUGUCAUUGUUAUCAGGGCUAUGAGGGAGCUGACUGCAGAGAAAUGAAGACAGCUGAUGGCUGCCCUGAGGUUUCCCCACGUUCCAGCUCACUGAUAGCAUUGCUCCUCCUGGUUGUAGCAGGUUAUCAGAGCAUCCACUUGUGAGAUAAUUGAGUAUAAAGGGAAUUGUGUGGC